AUGGAAACAUCCACAUAUCUAGAUAAAGUUAAUAAAAUAGGUGAAAAUUUAAUGGUUGCAUUGGAGAAUAUAAUAAAAUAUUCAAACCUAUCAACUACAUUAUCUGGUGCUAAGGAGGAAGAUGCAGAGGAAAAAGGAGAAAGUGAUGAUGAAGAAAAAAACCAACACGAUGAAGAUUUCAAUGAUACUGAUGAGAACUUGAUUGUAGACUCUACUGAUGGUUUAAUAGCAAUUAAUGAGUAUACUAUGCAGUUAAUAACAGGUGUACAAGAAUUAUUGUUGAUUAGUAGAAAUAUAAGAGAAAGAUGGAUCCUUGGAAGUCAAGAACAACAACUGGUGAGUGAUACUGGUCUCAGCAAUAUAACUGAAAAUGAGAGCAACCCCAAUUCUGUUAAUGAGCUUGAUAUAUUAAACAAAAAAUCAGCAUUAUUGUUGAAAGCGGUUGACGAACUUAUAAGAUAUUAA